AUGCCUCUCAAAGAAAUCAUUGAGGUAGUUGAGUCCAACAAUUCCAUGUUCAAGUGGCUGAAUCAAAAGUGUGGUCAGGAUGGUUCAAUAGCUUUCAGGUACAAUGUACUGAGUGUCUCGUCCGGAUUAGAGGAUGUCGGGAUUGUGCAGUGGGAUAUAGUUGGAUGUCUGUUUGGGUCAAUUGCUAUCACCUUUCUGUGUCUUGCCCGUGGAGUCAAGUCUUCAGGCAAAGUUGUGUAUGUGACCGCACUUUUGCCGUACGUUCUCCUCAUCUCCAUCUUCAUAGUCACGCUCUUUCAACCAGGUGCUCUUGAUGGAAUAAUCUUCUACGUUGUACCUGACUUCACAAAAAUACUUGACUUACAGUUCCUGGGGAUGGAAGUAGUCAUAACUGCUCUGGUAGAUGAGUACCCACGGCAGCUGGGAAAGAGGAGGCUGCUUGGAGGCCCGUACAUGUUCCAGCUGGUAGACUGGUAUAUAGCUUCUCUGGGACCUAUGGUGUUUUGCACACUGGAGUGUGUUGCCGUCAUGUGGAUAUAUGGGGCAAAACGAUUCAGCAGUGACGUCGAGAUGAUGACUGGAAAACUUCUUUCACCGGCUGUUAAGGUUCUCUUGGCAUUUGUUACUCCGGCAAUCAUGUUGAUAGUUUUCAUCCUUACAAUUAUCAGCUACCAGGCACCGACCUAUGGCAAGUACGUGUUUCCCAGCUACGCCAAUAUAAUCGGUUGGUGUUUCGCCGUGGUGCCUCUUCUCCCUCUACCGAUCAUCCUGAUCACUGCUGUCAGAAAACAUAGGGCGACGGGUUCCCUGAAGAAGAGUGUGAAACUGGCCUUGAAGCCUGAUAAGGCUUGGUGCCCGGCAAAUGGCAGCUACAAGGAGGCCCCACAUGAUAAAUCAACAGACACAAAGACACACCUUUAA